ACUCAGCAGUCUAUCUCAAGCGGUCUUGUUACGGGUUAUCGUGCUCAUCUGGAUACCGUCCACUUACCUGUACAUCUCUAAGAAUGGCUGACCAGUUAACAGAAGAACAGAUUGCUGAAUUCAAGGAAGCUUUCUCCCUAUUUGACAAGGAUGGUGAUGGAACAAUAACUACCAAAGAAUUGGGAACUGUUAUGCGCUCUUUGGGCCAGAAUCCUACAGAAGCCGAGCUUCAGGAUAUGAUAAACGAAGUUGAUGCUGAUGGCAAUGGCACAAUUGAUUUCCCCGAAUUCCUUACAAUGAUGGCUCGGAAAAUGAAAGACACUGACAGUGAAGAAGAAAUUCGAGAAGCAUUCCGUGUCUUUGACAAGGAUGGCAAUGGAUUCAUCUCCGCAGCUGAACUCCGUUGUGUGCAAUAUGUAAUGUAUCGAAACGUGAAUCAUUAUUAUAAUCAUGCUUCAAUAAGACUAAAAGUCUGUUGGUGACGGCACUAUAAGUUCCGCAGGUAAUUUAAUUAGGCUUUUAAACUACUUUUGCCUAAUCAUAACUGCUUUUGUUAGAAACAGAUUUUCUCGUGGCCUAGAAUACAAGUGGAUACCGACCUAUGUUGGAGUGUUCUUCAGUUUCUCAAAGCGCAAUUCACUCGAGCAACUAUUGCGACACUGAGAAUCAGUGGCUGAAUGUAGUUAGUGACAUGACUUAAAAGCCUUCUCAACGGCAUGGAUGUGUUCACUCCUUAUAAUAUUGCGAAUUCAUUAAAUCCGAGUUACUCUUCACCUAAUUAUUCUUGACGAUCAUUUUCGUCCAUUUUACUUGCAUUGCGUUUGUUCCCUGUUUCUACGUGUGCGUUUCUGAAUUUUGGCUUCUUGAGUUAAUUUACGUGGAUAAUUCAGUUUGGUGCUUUCUCACUGUCUAACAAAAACAGCUCCUGCUACCUAGAUUUCAUACCUAUACACGCAUAUGCAUUGGGAUUUUUUUGUUGAAAAAUUCAUAGAAAUUAGGAUGACAAUAGACAAUCACCCUGAGUAAGUAGACAAAUCGUAUCUAGAACAAGUUUUGACAGGCUGGUAUUUUCAUAAGGUACCUAGGUUGAAAGUUGGUAGAGUUGUAGGCAAAUAACACCUAUCACAUUUCCACUAACAACUGGCAAAGUGUUGGUUGAAUUAAUAGUUGACCUCUAUUUUUAGAAAUAUUGAGUGAGUGUGAACCUUGUUAAGAUAGUCAUCUACGUAACCAUCGUCACAUCCUUUUUCACAUCCAAAGAGUACGCCUCGCCACCUGAAGUAGGCACUGUCUUGGGUGAUUAUGUCACUGGAUCUAAGUUGUUAGUGUGACGGCUUUCCCCAACCCCCCUCAAUAUAUUGUUCCUCUUUCAUCGUCGAGUACUUUUGGCCGUCAGGAGUUAGGUCCCGACAUCAAUCCUCAAAGUCUUUAGCUACCGGUUUAAGUCUUGCAGUAGUGUAAAGACUGACCGGAGCCCUUGAGACACUAAGAUCCACUGGCUGGAGUUUGUUGAUUAUAAGACUUGAAGUUGCUCUGAAUGACACAGACGCAUACACCUUUUAUGAACUCCUGGAUCUACCAAUUGCUCAUUCCCCGUGUUCUUAUUCCCUCUGUUCAUUUUAUUUCUUUUAGAUUUUUCUCUCUACUUUCGUGUGAUAAACGAAGUUUAGCAACUUAAACUAGUGGGCUUUUUUGCGAAGUUUUAUGUUAGAAAUUCAUUUCAGCUUAAGUGUAGUAACACCUAUUUCAAAUAAUGUAGUCUUAUUCACUUAUUUCUAAAGUCAUAUAACCGUUUAUCAUGUUUUCUGGAUUUACAUGUCUUAUCCUUUUUCAUUCUUUUGGUUUUGUCUUGUGUUUGAAGCGUGGCAAAUAAACCAAGUGCACUGUUUGAGACCUAAUGUUUGUUCUAGUGAGAUUAUAAACUGACUUUCAUGUAAUCCAACACACUGGAUUACCCGAAUAACGUAGAAUUGUGUGUGUAACCCCUAUUUAAAAUAAUGUGAUUUUCAUUAAAGUCUAACGCUUUUAUAUCUGACAGAAUCUUUAAAAGCAUUUUUUAUGUUUCAGUUUGUGGCAAUUAUUUGUUCUCUUAACAAACAUCAACACGUAGUCGCGCUCAGCAACGCGUUAAUUAUGUAUUUUGUUGAUGUUUGCAGGCAUGUAAUGACCAAUUUGGGUGAAAAGUUAACAGACGAGGAAGUAGAUGAAAUGAUUCGUGAAGCUGAUAUUGACGGUGACGGUCAAGUAAAUUAUGAAGGUAAAUUUAGCAUGUUUCGUUUCUUAAAUAACGUACCAAACUGUCGUAGUUUUUAAGUCCUAAUAGUGUAGUGUUGGUAGUUUGUUUAUGUUGCUCCUAGUUCAUUUAUGUUUAUAUGUUGUGCAUCAUAUAUAUGUCGUUAAAAUUUCGCCAUCUCAUUGUUGUCUUUUUUACUCUGUGCAUCUGCGGUGCGUUUUCGUGUUCACUUCAUCCGAUUUGUCUGAUGGUAUUCGCAUGUGGUGGCUUCGAUUAUAUCACUACGACCAUCUUCAAAAUCAUCUUCGUUCGUGAAAUGUAUCAACAGAGUUCGUCAAAAUGAUGACGGC